AUGGCAACCAAUGGAGAAAAUGGAAGACAUCAAGAAGUUGGACACAAGAGUCUAUUGCAAAGUGAUGCCCUUUAUCAGUAUAUUCUUGAAACGAGUGUGUACCCAAGAGAGCCUGAAGCCAUGAAAGAGCUAAGAGAAAUUACUGCAAAACACCCUUGGAACCUUAUGACCACUUCUGCUGAUGAAGGGCAGUUCUUGAAUAUGCUUCUCAAACUCAUAAAUGCCAAAAACACAAUGGAAAUUGGGGUUUUUACUGGUUACUCUCUGCUUGCUACUGCCAUGGCUCUUCCUGAUGAUGGCAAGAUUCUAGCCAUGGAUAUCAACCGCGAUAACUAUGAGAUUGGUCUUCCAGUAAUCGAAAAGGCUGGUCUAGCUCACAAAAUUGAAUUCAGAGAAGGCCCUGCACUACCUGUUCUUGACCAAAUGAUUGAAGACGGCCAAUACCAUGGAUCAUAUGAUUUCAUAUUUGUGGAUGCUGACAAGGACAAUUACUUGAACUAUCACAAGAGAUUAAUCGACUUGGUCAAGAUUGGUGGAUUAAUUGGCUAUGACAACACCCUAUGGAAUGGAUCAGUAGUUGCACCACCUGAUGCACCCCUCAGGAAAUAUGUUAGGUAUUACAGGGAUUUCGUAUUGGAACUCAACAAGGCGUUGGCUGCUGAUCCCAGAAUCGAAAUAUGCCAGCUUCCUGUUGGUGAUGGCAUCACUCUUUGCCGUCGCAUCAGUUAAAAUAUUCGUAUAGUACUAUUGGUGGCAAUCAACAACUCAUGAGUCAUGACAAUAGAGGAUUUAUCAUUUUUGAAAUCCCCUGUUUUACUCAGUCGUUUAUUUUUAUCAUUUUAGUUCGUAUUAUGGCAAAAGAUUGCAUUGUCUAUGUUACCAAAUGCUUAUUUCACAAUGUAUUUGAUAAAUAAAAAAAGAAAGAAAUUCAAGUUGAAUGAUCAAAUGUACACAAAUGUCAUAUGUCAAUGGGGCAAUGUCAUAGCUUAUUUUCUGUUCA